CCGCCCCCAGUGACGAUGCCAUGGCCUGCGCCCCGUGACUCCGAGCUCCGGGUGGCGCUGUGACGGGGGCGGCCCGCGGGCAGCCAUGGGGAGCAUUUACAAGGAUUACUUCAACCCGGACAAGAUCCGGGACCACUACAACUACACCAAGGGGAUGACAGAGAAGCAGCAGACCCCGGGGCUUGACGCCUUCUCCAUCGCCAUUGUCGUCCUGUGCUGCUUCAUCAUGCUGGAGAACCUGCUGGUGUUGGUCUCCGUCUACCGCAACAAGAAGUUCCACUCAGCCAUGUUCAUCUUCAUCGGCAACUUGGCCUUCUCCGACCUGCUGGCCGGCUUGGCCUUCAUGGCCAACGUCCUGCUCUCGGGCCCGCACACCUUCAGCCUGACGCCGGUGCAGUGGUUCGUGCGGGAGGGCACGGCCUUUGCCACGCUGGCGGCCUCGGUCUUCAGCCUGCUGGCCAUCGCCAUCGAGCGGCACGUGGCCAUCACCAAGGUGAAGCUGUACAGCAGCGACAAGAACUGCCGCAUGGUGCUGCUGAUCGGGGCCUGCUGGGUGAUCUCGGUGGCCAUCGGGGGCCUGCCCAUCAUGGGCUGGAACUGCAUGGGCCGCCUGGAGGACUGCUCCACCGUCCUGCCGCUCUACUCCAAGCGCUACAUCCUCUUCGUCGUCACCGUCUUCACCGCCAUCCUGCUCUCCAUCGUGGUGCUCUACGGCCGCAUCUACUGCAUCGUCCGCUCCAGCCACGCCGAGAUCGCCAGCAUGCAGACCCUGGCCCUGCUCAAGACGGUCACCAUCGUGCUGGGGGCCUUCAUCGUCUGCUGGCUGCCGGCCUUCAUCAUCCUCCUGCUGGACACCUCGUGCGCCAUCAAGGCCUGCCCCGUGCUCUGCAAGGCGAACUAUUUCUUCGGCUUCGCCGCCCUCAACUCGGCCAUGAACCCCGUGAUCUACACGCUGCGCAGCAAGGACAUGCGGAAGGAGUUUCUGCGGGUGCUGUGCUGCUGGGGCGUGGCGGGGCGCGGCAAGCCGGCCGAGCGCUGCAUGGUGCCCCUCCGCAGCUCCAGUUCCCUGGAGCGCUGCACCCAGAAGCAAGACCUGCCCACCUCGCCCAUCCUGCGGGAAUGCACCACCUCGGUGUGA